GUCCCCCGCGGCCCCAGGCCCCGCCCCUCCGCCCCACGGGUGAGGCGGGCAGGGGGCGCGGCCGGGAGGGUCCGCCCCUCGCCCGCCGCCCUUCCCACGCCCCGCGUUCUGGCCUUCCGAGCGCUGUCGUCUCCGCGGACGGGACAAAGGCGGCGCCACCAUGGCUCUCAGCGCGGCGCUCGGCCGGGGCGACCGGGGCUCGGGCAACAAGGAUCUGGAAUCCCUUGACACCUACAUACAGAGCACACUCUCUGCCCUCUACCCACCUUUUGAGGCCACGGCAGCCACGGUGCUCUGGCAGCUGUUCAGCGUGGCCGAGAAGCUCUACGGUGGGGACGGGCUGCGCUGCCUCAUGGACUUCCUCAUCCCAGCCAAGAGGGCCCUGCAGCACCUGCGGCGGGAGGCCUGUGCCAGGUACGCGGGCCUCCUCUUCCUGCACGAAGGGUGGCCGCUCUGCGUCCACGAGAAGGUGGUGGUGCAGCUGGCGCCCCUGCGCGGAGUCAGGCUCAGGCCUGGGGACUUCUACCUGCAGAUCACUGCGGCGGCGGGGAGGCAGCCCGCCAGGCUGGUCUUGAAACGCCUCUCCCGGCUUGGGCAAGGCUCGGAGGAAGUCGCUGUCCCUGAGACCAUGUACGGCUGUGUCUUCACGGGACAGUUCCUGGAACUGCUGAACGGGGAGCAGAGCAGUGUCCCCUUGCAAAACUGCUUGCUGACCUCGGGCUCGGCGGUCUACCGCACCCCCUGGAACAACGUCACAGACCCUGUCUUUGUCGCCACCACCGGAACCAACCUGCCCAGCCGCCCCAGCCGUCCUGGGCCUCAGCAGCCGCCACCCGGCAGCGCCUCGGAGGCUGCAGCCUCGGCACCAACCGUGGCCAGCCCCGCUCCCCAGGGAGGCACGCCUUCCAAGCACACCCCAACGCUGCCCCACUGCGCUGGGCAUCCCAGCAGUGACCAGCCCCGCCGCCUUCCUUCCCCAGGAAGGGCUGAGUGCGAAAGCCCCAGGACCCUGUCCGGGAGUCCCAGUGGAGGCCUCACGGGGGUUGGCCCCUCAGAGCAGGACCCCUGGGAGUGUCCUGAGAGCCCUGAAGGACCAGGAGGGAGGCUGGACCCCAUGGACAACAAGGACGGCUCCAAGGCCCUCGCCUGCCACGCAGAGGGGGGCAGCCCGAGCUCCAGGAGGCGGCCGCCCAGGGCCCCAGCCAGUGUGGAGGCCAGACGCUGGUUCAGGAAGUCCUACGUGGAGGCCCUGCAGAACCCUAUGCCCCUGGGCUCCAGCUGUGGGGAAUCCAUCGGGGACGAGGCGUGGGGCUCCCAGACCCACGGCCGCAGGGCGCGGGGGGCCGGGGCAGCAGUCAGCCUUACCCAGAAAGAGAUCCCUGGCCCUGGGGGAGACCCCCAGGAGAUCCCGAGUCAGGAGAGUGGUCCAGGAGCUGCAGGGAGGACCCUUCCCAGGAGGUCUCGAUCCUGGGAUAGGUCCCUCAGAAGCGCCCGAGGUGGCACCCGGCGGGCCUCCCAGCACUUAGCCAGCACCAGGCCCGAGGGUCUCCUGGGAGGACAAGCGGUGGGGACCAGAACCACAGGCUCCAGCUGUCCAGGCACGGUGGAGAGUCCCAGCUGCACAGGAGAGGAAGCUGACGUGUGUGCAGAGGGCAGCAGCUUCCGAGGAAGCAGCCCCAUCCGGUGUUCAGACCUGCUUGCUGAGCCGCUGUGCCCCGAGGGUGAAGGGUGGACACCUGGCCCAGGAGACCUGCCCAGCCAGGCGCCCAGGCAGGAGCUGGAAAUCGACCAGGAGCUACUGCAGUCCGGGGUGGUCACCCUCCCAGGAACCCGAGACCGUCAGGGAAGAGCGGUGGUGCAGGUCUGUACAAGGGGCCCACUCUGGUCCAGCGAACACAUGUCCAGUGCUGAGCUAACCCGUCUGCUGAAGUACCUCCACACCAUCCCCAGGAAGGAGGUGCGGGAGCUGGGGCUGGUCAUCCUGGUGGACGCGCGCAAGAGCCUGGCCGCCCCCGCCCUCUCCCGGGCCCUGGCAGCCCUGCAGAACACAUCUCCUUCCUUAAUUCAUAGUAUUUUGCUGCUGGUGGAUAAAGAAUCAGGAUUUAGGCCUGACAAGGAUGCAACAAUUCAGUGUGAGCUGGUGGGUUCCCUGAAGGCCCUGCACAAACUUGUCGACAGCUCCCAGCUGACUGCAGACCUCGAGGGCUCCUUUCCCUACAGCCACAGUGCCUGGAUCUGCUUCCGUCGGAAGCUGGAGCCCUUCACCUCAAACUGCAAGGAAGCCAUUGUUUUCCUACAAAAUUCAGUCCACUCCCUGAACACCCACAGGACCCCAAGCACAGCACAGGAGGUCGCAGAGUUGAUCGGCAAGCACAGGGCGGUGAUGAAGCAUGUCCUGGAAGACGCGCGGCUGGUGGCCCUCCGGCUGGAAGGCGGCACCGUGCUGGCACGGCUGAGGAGGGAGGAGCACGGCGCCGGCCAAGACUACCAGGACACCAUCGAGGCUGCCUGCAGGCUGUACAACCAAGUGGACGAAGAGGUCCACAGGCUGGUCCUUGCCUCCAACAGGUGUCUGCAGGAGCUGGAGAGUCUGCAGGCACUGAAGAAGCUCCAGGAGCGAGGACCCCAGUCAGGGCUCCAGGGGGGAGGCGACCAGAUCACAUCGUGGUUUGAAAAAGAAAGAGAGAAAUUCCUCGGGCCUUUGGAGCUGCUCUCUCUGGGGAACACAAAGCAGUGGCAGGCGUCCCAGGCUCUCCUGGACAGGCUGACGCAAUAUCGUCCGAAAGGGCUGCGGCUGAUGGAAGAGGACUUGGAAGGCGCAGAGGAAGGGACCCAGGCCUUCAGAAGGAGUCUGAGCGCCAAGGCCGGCCUGGCUGAGCGGAGGGAGGGCGAGCUGGCCAGGCAGGCCCGCAGGUCCGAGUUCUGCGAGACGGUGAGCGGGCGGACGCUGCGGUGCAGUCAGUGCUUAGAGCACCUGGACCCAGAGCUGGUCACCGAGGAUCUGACGCGCUGUCGCCGGGAGGCCGUGCAGAGCUUCCCCAGGGCGAGUGUGGUGGUGGUGGGCCCCGGCGGCCAGUGGGCGCUGCCACGGGGCCAAACCUUGUGGCUGCAGAGCCGGCAGACCCGACGCCACUGGCAAGAGGCCCUUGGAGAGGCAGCCCCGGGCCCCGGCACCCUGCCUCUGGGCUGGAGCCCCCCGAAGCACGAGCUUGCCCAGGGACCCGAGGGGCAGCCCCUUGAGCCUGCCUGGACCCCUCCCGCUGACCCCGAGGCCCGAGCUGGGGAGUGGGCCGGACAAGCUGCUGUGUGUGGCCAGGAAGGACAGCAGGUGCACGUGCUGCUCCGCCCGCCCCAGGAAGCACCCCUGAAGAAAACUAGGGAGAAAACACAAAGCUUCGCGACUCCUCAGCUUGACAGUGGCCCCAGGGACUCCCUCUGGCUGGGCCACACUGGGGUCUUUAUCAAAGGCCUGGAGGUGGCCAGCACCACCGUGGCCUCAGAGAAGCAGCCCCCGCUGAGGCCACGUGCCGAGAGCCCUCGGCUCCCUCGGAACCGUCUGUCCUCUCCCUCCAGGAUCCACCCCUCCGAGGAGGAUGGGAAGGGGCGAGCUGGAGGCAGCCGACCGCAGCACGUGAUGGCCGAGAUGAUCUCCACGGAGAGGCAGUACGUUAGGUCCUUAGGAUGUGUCAUUGACAACUAUUUUCCAGAAAUGGAAAGGACGGACCUGCCCCAGGACCUCCGAGGGAAGCACAGCGUCAUUUUCGGGAACUGGGAGACGCUCUACGCCUUCCACCGCGGGCACUCGGGGCUGGAGCGCUGCUGGCACCGCCCCUGGGCCGUGGGCCACACGUUCCUGAGAUAUGAGGAGCAGCUUGGCAUGUCCGCGCUCUACAGCAAGAACAAGCCCCGGGCGGACGCCCUGCUCUGCAGCCACGGCAACGCCUUCUUCAGGGACAAGCCGCGGGAGCUGGGCGACAAGAUGGACCUGGCCUCCUACCUGCUGAAGCCCGUGCAGCGCGUGGCCAAGUACGCUCUGCUCCGGGCCCUGGUCAAGGAGGCUGGCGGCUGCCCCGCCCGUUAGCAGGAGCUGGGGGAGCUGAGGGCCGCUGAGGACACGGUGCGCUUCCAGCUGCGCCACGGCGACGACCUGCUGGCCCUGGACGCCGUCCGCGGCUGCGACAUGAGUGUGGAUCUGAAGCCGCAGAGGCGGCUGAGAUGCCAGGACGAGUUCCUCGUUUGCUGCAGAAGGAAGAAGCACCUGAGGCGCGUGUUUCUGUUUGAAGACCUCAUCCUGUUCAGCAAGACCCAGAAGGUGGACGGAGGCCACGAUGUGUACGCGUACAAGCAGUCCUUCAAGAUGGCAGAGAUCGGGAUGACGGAGAACGUCGGGGACAGUGGCUUGAGGUUUGAGAUCUGGUUCCGCAGGCGGCGGAAAUCCCAGGACGCCUACGUUCUCCAGGCGAGCUCCGCGGAGGUCAAGACCGCCUGGACGGACGUGAUAGGGAAGAUCCUGUGGCGGCAGGCUCUGCGGAGCCGAGAACUCAGGACACAGGAGCUGGUGUCCACGGGGAUAGGCGGCAAGCCAUUCAUGGACAUCAAGCCCAGCAACGUGGCCAUAAGCGACCGGGCCGUCAGUUACACCGGGGGGGAACAGGUUAGCGGCCACAGCCCCGGCUCUCGCUUGGCCCCGCCAACUCAGACCCAGGUGCCGCAGUGCGCCGGGCCCCACGGGCCAACACAGGCACGGACCCGAGCGUCCAGAGCUGUGCCCUCCUGUGACCACACCGCCCUCAAGAGACCGCACCCCACCCUCUCAGACAGCAGCACAUCCUCCUCCAGCAGCCGGUCCUCCUCUGCCCUGGGGCCGCUGCCCCCCACAUGGGCCCACAAGCCCUGCCCGCUACCCCUGUCCGUACGGCGUCCACACCUGCAUCGAGGAGGACGAGCUGGAGCAGGAGGCGGGGCGCCAGCCUCCCCUGCGUGAGCGCAUGUGUGCACUGGAGCCAGCUCACGUGUUCAUCAUUUCACCUGAUUUCAUGUACUGCCAAAGGUUUCCAAACAGAUUAGA